AUGGUUUUCAAUAAGAUGGUGGAUAUAAGAAAUAUUUAUCAAGCAAUUGGUAAACAAAUCAGCUCUCCAGUAGGCACCUUAUUGACGCGGCAGCAGAACUUUGUGUUAAUAAUUUUGUCGCUUAUUCUUUUGAUACAAACUCCAGAGAACAUUGGUUCACCCUUGGCUUCACACUUAGCCAACGUUAGUGAUACCAACACUUCCAUGUUGGGCGAUUUUCAGCCGCUUGUUGGUGCCAAUGUCCAGCCUACCUCUAUGAACUCACUAGAAAUCAAAGACACAGUGGCAGAGCAAGAAGCCUAUGAAAAGGAAUGGCAAGGCGGGUCCGAUGAUGUAGACGAGGGAGAUUUUAAAAGAUGGGACAUUUCACAAUGGCUGAAUCAGCUUAUGCACGUAUCAAACCCUAUGACGCCGCAAAACGAGGCCGAGAUCAUUCAACGAGUCUUAGUCUGCCAAGAAUUAUUACAAAUGGUAAUCCAACCUAAUCGUUCCGGUGGCAUGGAGCCUCAUCUCUCGCAUGGAAAGUUGCUACCGGAGCUAAUAGAUGAUCCGGCCGCACGGAAACUACUUAGUCUGGCCGAUCCCAAAUUGACCUGCAGAAGUGCUCAGGAAAAGUGGUUUAUUGAUUACUACUUUGAUCAAUUCAAUAAUUCUACACUUAAGCGAGUUAGUGAAGCCCUUAACGAGAUCAACAAAAUGAUUACACUAGUCAAUUUUACCCUAAUUGCUGGCUUCGCGUUGCCCAUUUUCUCAAGAUUAACUCGGCGCAGUCCUUCAUUGGCCAUCUGGUGUCUACUCAAGUGGUAUGCUUGCUUUGUUCUCGCCUAUUUGUUGCUAGCCACAUUGCCUCAGCUAGUCCACGAAGUAUGGCACAGUCUCGAGCAGACGAUUCCAAGUCGCAGUCAACAGUCACAGUCUGCCGAUACCAUUCUACUUCGACGUGGUCAAACGGACAAGAACAAACCUUCCCUGGCUCCCGAAGAAAGAUCCGUAAGCCGAGAGCUACAGCAACCAGACAAGACUGCUCAAAAGACACGUCGACUGAUAUUCGGUUUAGAUGAUAUAAACGGAAUAACUUGUCCACUAGUCACUUUUUUUACUCAUGUUUUUCGCUACACACCUCAUUGGUUGUUGUUAGUUGCACUGUGGGAACAGAUCGUGAGGCGACUUAAUUCAUCCGGCACCAAAGAGCCUCAUCCAAUGGAGAGGGCUGUGUACCAGCCACGUGGCAAAGGAGAGACGCAAGCUGAAGAAGGACAGGAGACGUUGAAAAAUGAGAAUCAAGAAGAGUCAGAAGAGGUGAGGAGAAAGUGGAAAAAGGGAGGAUUGCCACAGCAAACAGGCUUUUCUUCAAUUCACUCUAAUCCAAAUAGGUCUAUUCAUUGGUCUAGAAGGCAUGCUUCAAGUUCCCAUGAACCCAGUGGACAACAGAGGAGAGAUGGAUCAAAAAUCACUGUGCACGGUGAACGCCGACCCAUUCGAGCUGCAAUGCGCCAGCCAACUUCAACAGAUUUGAAAUUAACCACCCCGUUGCCAGGGCAGCCUGUUGUUGUUUUGACAUCAUUGUAUUGUCCAUAUGUUGGGCCUGGCCUUGGACGUCUUGGUGCCCAGCUAGUAACUAUAACGGCAUUUGUUGGUCAUAUUGUGAUGAAUAUUCACUCACUUUGGCUAUACACCAUAGUGGAAGACAGGUGCCGUUUAAACAGCGAACAUUCCUACAUCUUUUACAGCUAUUACCCAAUCGUUUUACAUGUUAGUGGUUAUUUUAUUAAAUGGUUUUAUAAUUUAUAUAUUUUAUUACACCAUUCAAUUCUAAUUUUGCAUACAAACUCAGGCCUAUUAUUAAAUUGCUAUUAA